AUAUUAUCUAUAUUAACUAUAUUUUAUCUGUACACCUUGCCGUCCGUGUACGUUAAUAAAUAGUAAUAACAAUAUCGUCUAUCGAGUACUUACUUUGUUUCCGCACUCUCUUGUCGCCUCUGCAAAGUUCAAAUCGUUUACGGUUGUUACACAGCAGUAAUUCGUCAGUCGAUCGUAGUCCGAUUUUCCCUCUAUCCGGGCCUGGAGAGUAACGUUUAGUCGUCGUCUGCACUCCGGACUCCGCAAUCGCCACCCAGAAACUUGGUCGCCACUAGAUCCAUCUGCAACAACUACAAUGUUGAUGAUUGCUCAUACAAACGCAGUAAGUGCGCCAUGUAAUCGUUUGGUACCGUGAAUGCAUUCCGAACAAUUUCAACGAUCGGCUUAUAUACGUCCGUAGGUCACAUACAUCUGCAACUGUCAUCUAGGUGUCCCGACUUGGUGACUGUUUGGUUUUUUGAUGGCCCUACUCUUCAUAUAGAGUACAUCAAUUCUUAUAUUAUCUGUAACAUUGGCCAGUAUGAGAAAUUUGAUGAGUUUCAUUCAACUGAUUGUGUUGUUUCUGCCGUUUGCGUUAUCUGCGAGUCCAAAUUGGAUGUAUUUAGGUAUAAUAGGAAUACCACCACCUCUUCAACAGCAACAAGCAUCACCAGGUUCAGAAAUCGAGGAUCCAGAAAUAGUUCAAGCCAGGGCUGUUUGUGGUGCCUUGCCAGGGUUAGCAUCAAAACAGGUGGAUGUGUGCAUGAAGCAUCCAAAUGCUAUAUACUCGGUAUCUGAUGGAGCUAAAAAAGCCAUUGAACAGUGUCAACUUCAAUUUCGUCAUGAACGAUGGAAUUGUUCAGUUAUGGAAAAUGAACAAAGUGUAUUCGGUCCCACACUGGACAAAGGUAGUAAAGAGACUGCCUUUAUCUACGCUAUCACUAGUGCAGGUGUAGUGUAUUCAAUUACAAAUGCAUGCAGUUCAGGAAGAUUAACUGAAUGUAGUUGCGACUCUAUGCAGCAUGGACAAACGACACCUGAAGGAUGGAAAUGGGGAGGUUGCAGUGAUAAUUUGCGUUUUGGAUUGCAAUUCUCUCGAAAAUUUGUUGAUGGUUCUGAACCCAAUCGUCCGGAUAAUUUCAAAACCACAAAACAAAAAAGAAUCUGGUCUAAUCGCCUCAAAAUGAAUUUGCAUAACAAUGAAGUAGGCCGACAGAUUGUAAUGUCGUUAAUGAAAAUGCAUUGUCGUUGUCAUGGUGUAUCUGGAUCAUGUGAACUAAAAACCUGUUGGAAAUUUAUGCCAUCGUUCAAUGAGAUUGGUAAUGAACUCAAACAGAAAUAUGGAAAGGCUAUUCUUAUAAAUCAUACUAUGAACGAUCUACAAAAGAAAAACAGUACUAUGCAUAAGAAGAGAGAGCCCAGAGCUUUAAAGAGACUAAAAAAACUAAUGUUAAUCGAAUCAAAAGAAUUGGUGCAUAUACAGAAGUCACCUAACUACUGUAAACAAGACUUUGAAAAUGGAGUAUUGGGUACAGAAGGCCGCAAGUGCAACAUUACAUCUACUGGGCCGGAUUCUUGUAAUAAACUGUGUUGUGGUCGUGGUUAUAUCACUAAGGUUGUGAAGGAAGAGGAACACUGCAAUUGCAAAUUUGUUUGGUGCUGUUACGUUAAAUGCGAUAUCUGCUAUAAAAACAUUGAACAAAAAUCUUGUAAAUAAAUACAUGAAAUUGAACGUGUA